AUGGCUACAACGCCAGUCGGGACCACUGCAGGAGCCGAUACCGCUGGCUCGCAUAAACGUCUGCGCACCAGUGAAGUAGGCGGAAAAGCUGACGCUGCCGAGUCGAACUUUGUGAAUGAGUUCAAGGGCUUCCACGUCCCCAGCAACAACUUUAGCAUCGAGCGCAUUCCUGUUGACAGCGUGACGCCUGAAGAGUUCUUCGCCAAGUUUGUAUGCACACGGACGCCCGUGGUGCUCUCUGGAUGUUUGCAGGAUAAAGAGUUCACUGCGCCAGUGAAGUGGUCCGAGUCAAACGACCGUCUGAUUGAACUUGCGGGAGAGACGAAGCUCACGGUGGAGCGUCGUGGACAUGUCUACGACAAGUUUGGCAAGGGCAUUGCAGUGGAAAUGCCAUUGUGCGAGUUACUUAACUUGAUCGUUUCGGGGGACGAGAUGCACUAUCUGACGACACAGGAGGUGGUGGUUGACGAUGAUGGCCGGCCUGAAAUUAUGGCUCCGUUCAUGCGACAGCUGCAGCAAGAUUUCCCCGUUCGUCCGAAGCUCAUGGGCCACCUCAUCCCACAAAAUAUCAACAUGUGGAUGGGAAACAACAAACAUGGGUCAUCGACAGGGCUGCAUCAUGACUACCAUGAUAACCUGUAUAUUCUGAUGCGUGGCAAGAAGCGCUUCCGUCUGUACUCACCUGUUGACGCUGAAAAGAUGUACGUGCGUGGACAGAUGGCGCACGUCCAUCCGAACGGCUUGAUCAAUUACGUGGGAAAGACGACUACGCCUUACGGCGCUGAUCCAGCGGCAGAACGGGAGGCACUGGCUGCCAUUUUGAAGAACGAGGCGGAGCGUGAGUUGGUUGAAGCCGAACAUGCUGUGAAAGCUGGUGAGUUGGGGGCUGAAGCCCGCCGUGAAGCAGCAGAAGAGAGGCUAGAAAAGGCGUUGUUUGGGAUGCUGCAAGCGCAAAAUAGUGAUGAUGAAGGUGACCAGCAUUUUGGAAAUGAAGCGUUUUCCUUUGAUGAGAGCGACGCUGAGGGAGAUGAUGAAAGCGAAAGUGGCGAGCUGGAUGAAAUUGCAUUCGACCCUGAAGAAGACAAGGAAAGCAAAAAGAGUGCAAAGCGGGAUGUUAGCGAGAUGGACAUUACGUACCCUGUGAGCUUCAGCCAGGUCGACACAUCUCGGUUGCGCGAUGGCGAACAGACGCAAGAAGAACUGCAAUCAGAUUUUCCCAAGUUCUAUCAAGCUAAAUGUGCCAUGUGCGAUUUAGAGGUGGGAGAAAUUCUGUACCUCCCUGCUUCGUGGUUUCACGAGGUGGAGUCAUUUGGCUCUGCGCAGGGUAACGGCCAUUUGGCCCUGAACUAUUGGUUCCACCCGCCUGAUCAACUUUCACCUGAGCACUUUGCUUCACCGUAUUCAUCGCUUUUCUGGCAGCGUGACUGGGAACAACGUUUCCGUCCGAUUUAA